AGACACAUCCAGACAUGGAGGUGAGGAGAAGACUUCUGCUGGGGCUGCUUUCUGUACUGGGGAUUGCAGUACAAGCUUCUGAUGUCUCCAGUCAGAACCAGUUGCCUCCAUUUUGUCACCAUUAUGACUGUCCAAAGUACCAGCUGGUGAAAGAAUAUGCUGACUUUGAACUUCGUCGCUAUGAGGAAACUCAUUGGGUCACAACUUCACUAAAACAGGACAUUUUUAACAUAGGGAUGGUGACUAGCUUCAGUCGUCUGUUUAUGUACAUCAAUGGGAAGAAUGCUGAAGGGCUGAAGAUGAAUAUGACAGUACCGGUGAUGGUAUACAUGCCAUUAAAGCAACCCCUUGCUGGCAGUGCCACUAUGUCCUUCUUUGUGUCACAUGAAGUGAAGAAACCUCCGACACCUACAGACCCUGAAGUUUACCUGGAUACAUAUCCUGCAGUUUCUCUAUAUGUGAAGACUUUUGGAGGAUAUGCCUCUAACGCUAUGUAUGUCGAGCAAGCUAAAACCCUAGCACAGAACCUGGGUGCCCUUGGUCUGCAGUUUGAUUAUACAUACUUCGCACGUGCUGGCUACAACUCUCCUUUAGAUUUUUUCGGCCGCCACAAUGAAGUGUGGUACAUGGCAAAGUCUCCUCAGCAGUGGGAAUUUCUUGAUCUUUCUGCUGCUCAGCCCUGGCUGUGAUCCUCAUGCCUUCUCUUAAUACAGCUGAAGCCAACAUGCAAAAUAGUAUGGCUGUUAAAUCUUCAGCAUUGCCUUGUAAGUGUUCUGUAUGUGCUGUUUUUGUAACAAAAUUUGCAGCAAUAAAAUAUUUGUAUACUGUG